GAGAUGUCAGUCCUCCUCUCCGUGCCGCUGUGACUGAGAUGUUCUCCAUCUUGACGGGUCGCACCUCAGAAGAGACGCAGUUUGCUGAGACUUUUCGGUCCCCGAUCGCAGUAAACUCUAUAUAACCUCAAUUUUUUUACAAAGUCACGACGGGAUACACUUUUUGCAAAGUCUGAUGGCACAGUGGACAAUACUUUUGAUUUUUUCCUACGGAGUUCUGCACGGACAAGGUAAGAAUGCAAACUAAAGGCUGUGUUGUUUUGAGAUGCACCGUUGAAGUACAUGUGAGUUAUGUGAUUUGAAAAACUUGGAUUUGGAAAAACCUUUUAGGAGAAAUUUUCUAAACUAUGAAUAUUGCUUUUCUCCUCAUGUUUAUCAGAGAGUGAAAUAACUGCUUUUGUAUACUGUCAAUUUGUCCCAUGCCUUUGUUGUUUACUUGCAAUUCUCAUCCCAUCACUGCAGAAAUUCAGCCUCCUUCAUAUAAAGAGUGCUGUCAGGAUGGGAGGGAUUGGGCCCGUGGAGGACAGGACUGUAUUCUCCCCCUCAUCUCCUCUUCCCAGACCUGCAGGUGAGCAACACCUGGUUUCUAAGACUAGUUUAGCCCCCUCUGAGGGUCUGGAAGUGGGGCCCAGAGACCAAAGAAAGGUCAGUUCAGAGGGGUUCAAAGGAGAAAUUCUUGCAAGUGUUUGUAUCUACCACGAGCUAUCCAAGGACGUCACUAACAUAUUUCUCCUUCGAGGAACAAAAUAUGACAGGACUCAAAAACUCUUAAUAGCUGUAUCCUGUAAUUGCUGUAUCCUCUGGGUUUGCAGUAGUAUUUUUCUUUUAAAGCAGGAAACACCCUCAGGGUUACAAGCCCCAAAUCAUCUCCAACCAUCAUUCUUGCAACAGGGAAGUGUACCACGUAGUAACUACACAAGUGUAGGCGUUAAGUGCCCCCCUGGAGCAUUUUUAACACUAAAGGGCCCCGUUUGACUGUUAGAACAUAGGGGUGGUGAUUGAUGAAAUAGAGGAACACCUGGUCAACACAUGGAGGUCAGCUGAGGGAGAGUUUGCCAAGGAAAAACUCAGAGCAAGACACCAGGACCCAUACAUGAACAUAUAAGUUAAAUAGUAAUUUAAAGUAACAUAUCAUAAAAGGAAACUGCUGCGGUAUACCAUGUUUUUAUGAUACAUCACUGCUAUAGGUGAAAAUGACAAUGCCAUCAUACAACAGAAACGCACAUGCAGUCUGCGGACUGACCUCUGUAAAUAAUCCCCCUGUUCCCUAACCAUCUCUUUCCUCACAGGCUAUAAAAGUGAGGUUUCUCUCAUUGAAGAUACUUUGUACAAAAUGUCUUCUGUGUGCAGGAUUGUCCAGGAGCAGUGCUGUGCAGCAGCAGUUGCAAACCGGCUCUGUGAAAAUGGCAUCAAAAUGGCUCGAGUACAAGGGGCCUGUGAGAGGCCUUUCUUCCAAGGAGACCCGUGGGAAACCAAAAUAUCUAAGGUUAACUCUCUAAACGUCAAUAUCUUCCACCUUUACACGUCUCUUUACUUACACAAAGUUGAUCCACUCAAAUCUUUGAAAAGAAGUACACAGAGGGAGUUUCCACAUUUAAGAUAAGGUUUCUUUUGCUUAAACUUUGACCCCGUCUCCUGCUUAGAUGUGUUGUGACUGCUGCACACUUGGUCUGAUGCUUGCCAGCCGUGGCUCCAACUGUGAGCUUCAGGGUAUGUUGCUGGGGAGACAGUGUGCACACACAGCUCAAACCUGCUGUGGCAAAAACACAACAGAGGAAGCCAAACCAAAAGCUGAAGGUAAAAAACAGUUCUGUUUUUCUGCGAUUACUGGGUGUCUGUGAUUUUCAUAUCAAUCAAUGUACCUGGCGAUCUGCACACAUUAGUCCCUAAAUAGCUUUUAACUCUCAGGUUAAACCAAACUAUAGUAAUUGAUUAAUUGUUUCACAUGUUUUGGUGCUUGAAUUACUCAUAGUACCUUAACCUUUAACGCUUGUGCUCUGGUGUGAUUAACUUGUUGUUGUGAAUGCAGCUAGCAUGAAAAAGUAAAUAAGAGCUUCGAAAUUCGUGCAUCUAUUUCUCAUCCUCUUAAUUGUAAGUAUGUCAUUUUUACAUUUGUAGUUUUCUGCCCCAAAAUAAAGAGGACUUAGGUCAGAUUAUUAAAGGCAGUUUAUUGGGCUCCAUGCUGCUUCCUCAAUUUCUGCUCAUCUUCAUUUUUUAAAAACAGGUUUUCUUUUAGUAGGCUAGUAUUUGUGACCUCUCUGGAGCUCUGUUUGUGAUCUGCUUUUAGAAGCUUUAAGUAGCACUCCCAAGGCUUAUAGAAAUUGUGCUUAUUAUUUCAGCAGCAGUAGGAGCUUAACCUUGACACCCACUGAGGUAUAUUUGGGUUAAAAGAGCCAGCUUUUCAAAGAGCUGAGUGCCUCACACCAAAACAGGCAGGACUCCUCAAGUAAAGAGAACAGUCCUGUUUCCAUAAACGGCUGGAGAAAUGGCCUUGGUGUGGCAGCUGUAGAGCAGAUUUCUGCCAGAGACAGACAGACAGACAGACUGUGGAGUUGCAGGAGUAUUCACAAUGCUAAUCUAGAGACACCUCGCCAAAUGGUACCUUCGGGCCAACUGGUGUUUUGACUUUUGUCGCCCUUUUGGUUUCAAGAAAAAGAGCAAGACAAACAAAACAAAGCUGCAAAAACAGUUUGUUUUUUUUGGUAAGAACGCAAACAAGUGUUUUCCUCAUGUUUAGCCCAGGACAGAGUUACACUGAAUACAAGACCACUAAAAAAAUAAGGAGAGUUUUUAAAGGUUUUUUCUUCUAUUGUACCAGGAACACUGAGGCCUGUUUCCAACGUUACUGCAAAACCCAUAGAGGACUCAAACACCUGUAAACGUAUGGCAUCUUUAUUUUAAGAGGUUUCUUAUUAAUAAACACAUGACAUGACAUGACUACACACACUGUACAAUUUAACGACGAUCUUGUCUGUGUCGGUGAUGUUUUCAGACUCCAAUUGCUCCCAGUUGUGUUUAGGUAAUGGUACAUGUGCUUGCCGUGAUGGAUAUCGACUGCAAAGGGAUGGUGUGAGAUGUGAAGGUUAGUAAUGUAAAUUGAAGCAUGACUUCACUAUUGCUCACAAGUUGUGUGACUUGAUUAAUGAAUUUCAAGCCUCUUAAAAAGACACAUUUUAACUACCUAAGUUAACCUGCAGAAAUGCCGCCUUUCCUCACAGCCUCUGUACUAAACAAAUUAUGCUUGCUGGGAAAAAAUCUUAAUUAAUGGUGUUAAUGGCAGACUCUGUUUUAGUAAUCAGGUGCAUGUUAGUGUUGUUAUGGUGAACAUGCUGCGUAUGCACUUCAGCAAAGAGCUGACACAGGCUAACAGAAGUACGAGCACAGUUUGUUCUCUCCGCGUAAAACAAACAGAACUUCUAAUGAAUCCACCAUUUAGUAAUCAUUGCAUCUCCCUCCUCAGAUGUUAACGAGUGUCUGACUGAGAAUCACAACUGUGUGUAUGGCCAAGUUUGCAUCAACACAGAGGGUUCCUUUCGCUGUCAGAGGGAAACUGGCUGUGGCACAGGGUAUGAACUGACAAACAACAACAAUUGCCAAGGUAACAAGUCAAGACAGCCACUGAAGUUACAGAUAGUAUCAGGAAACAAGGGAACAAGAGACUGUAAUAAGCAUUGUACGGUGGCCGAGAAAUAAAACAAACAAUACAAUACAAGACAAUACAAUACAUAAUUCAAUAAAACAUGUACAGUCUUGCAAAGGUCAUUCAAGACAAUAAAAGUCCAGUAAAAGCAAACCACAAACAAAAAACAAAAACAAAAACAAAAACAAAACAACAAGAAAAAAACAGGGAAACAAGGGAACAAGAGACUGUAAUAAGCAUUGUACAGUGGCUGAGAACUGCCACUACUGCAAAUAAAAAAUUUUUAAAAAUGCAAAUAAAAAAAUCAAAACAGAAGUUGCCGAUGCUAUCGCUACACCAGCGUCCUCCAGUUCAACUUCGUAUUGACUCAGACGCAACAUGGCCUGACCAAAUGACACAUUGAAAAGUACACAAAGUGAAAUUAAACAAUAACCUUUCCACUCACUUCUUUGCUCCUCUUCUCACCAUCCUCUUUUGUGCCUAGAUAAAAACACUUAAAACACUGGUGCAUUAUCAUUAUUGGUCCCCACCAGCUCACUUCUGUUGUGGCUUUCUUAAAAUUUGCAUCCUUCUAUUUUCAUAGCAUCCUUCUAUUUUCAUAGCGAGUAACUUUUUUUUGCAUCGCCACUUUUUUUUGUGUGUGUUGUUCACUUCCAUUGCGGCUUUUUUUUUUUCUCUGCACAGUUUCUUUUUUUUUUUUUUUCGCAUCAGUAACUUCCAUUGUGGCUUCUUUUUUUUUUUUUUUGCAUUCUUUUUUUUAUUUUUUUAUUUGCAGCAGUGGCAGUUCUCAGCCACCGUAGGAUUGUGAUAUAUAAAUGCAAAGAAAGGCAGCACAUUAUACAUGAACCUUGAUUGAACAUGUUAAUACCAUGAAAUAUCCUUUGACUCUGAUCACUCCUCCACCUUAUGUUUUUUUCAGACAUAGAUGAGUGUGCUUUGAGGACCCAUAACUGCGGACGAGACUUUCUUUGCACCAACACAGCAGGCUCGUUCCGUUGCCACCCAAAGGAGAGGUGUGGCGAUGGAUACAUCCAGGAUGCUGUUGGCAACUGUAUAGGUGAGUUCAGAGUCAUAAGCAAAAAUGAUUCACAGGUAAAGGUGAGCUGACUUUUAUGUUGACUAUUUUUUUUUUUUUACAUAAGAUAUAAAUGAGUGUCUGGCCAACACCACCCCAUGCCCGCUUGGCCAGACUUGUGUCAACACGGUGGGCUCCUUCACUUGUCGCAGGAAUACAGUAACCUGUGGAAGGGGCUAUCAUCAAUCUGAGGAUGGCACACGCUGUGAAGGUAGAUACUGUUACAUUAAACUCAACCUGCUGGUGUUUUUUGCUGAAAAAAAAUCAUUAUAUUGCCCUUUAUUUUCCCCUUUUCAAACGAUUCCCCCUCAUGUUUCAGAUGUGGACGAGUGCCGCACAGGGACAGUGUGUGUUGGCCAUGGUUGUGUAAACCUGUUGGGCUCAUACCGCUGUGAAUGCAGAAUUGGCUUCAUUUUUAACAGUGUCACCAGAACAUGUGACGGUAAAAGACAAAUUCAACACUUUCUACAUUUUGUACAUGUUAUUUUUCAGGUUGUUAUAUUCAAGCAAGGUGAGGAAACAUAGGUGCCAUUCAACCUUUGUACAAUAACUGUGGAAAGAUCUGUUUUAUGAAUGUCAAAGUGUAAAUCGACACUGAUGUCAAAGUGGAUAACUAAUGGACCUUUUUAACGUUGAUCUCUAUACCCUCUGAUCUGUAGACAUCAAUGAGUGCAGGCAUUAUCCUGGGCGGCUUUGUGCCCAUAAAUGUGAGAACACUGAAGGGUCUUACAUAUGCAGCUGCACCACUGGCUUCAAACUGUCACAAGAUGGCAGAAAUUGUGAAGGUACAACUGUUUCUUUUGAAUGAUUUUAAAAGGUUUUUUGUUUAACCUCAUAAGGGUGUUUAGAAGUCAACUCAUUUUGAAUCAUGAUAUUAACAUAAUAUAACACAGAAUUCCUCCUCAUCAGGCUGUAUUUUUUUCUAAAGUCUGAUACCUGUCCCAUCUGUCACCCCAUGUUGGGAUAGAUGUCAACGAGUGUGAUGCCAAUCCUUGUAGCCAGGAAUGUGCCAAUGUCUACGGAUCCUACCAGUGCUACUGUCGCCGUGGUUACCAGCUGAGCGACGUAGAUGGGAUGACAUGUGAAGGUACUGUUGGUUUUACUUUCGAUGAUGAUAAUUCAAGCUGGAAAUGAUCACAAUUAAAGAUCUCCCCCAAAAAAAACAAUGACAGAAAAGUUCACUGCUGCUCUCUGCUGCUCUCAGAUAUUGAUGAAUGUGCGCUGCCUACUGGAGGUCAUGUGUGCUCCUACCGCUGCUCAAAUGCUCCAGGAAGCUUCUAUUGUACCUGCCCAACAAUGGGAUACACCCUAGCCUCCAACGGACGCACAUGCCAAGGUCAGUAACGGAUAGUUAUUGGUGCUUUCUGUCCUUCUAAAUUAGGUAAAAACUGAGUUGUAAACUGUUGCUGUGUUAUUUUUAGUAUCUAGAACAAGAUGAAUGCUGAUUUUUAUGAUUCGAUUACUUUAAUGGUGUUUGAACUGGAAUGAAUAAGAAAUGUCUGAUUGAACUGCAAAGUGUGCAUAACUCCACUAAAAGACUUUUUAACUCAAUCUAAAAGAGGAGAGCAUAUAACUCUUGUUCCAGUGACCUUAACACUGGCUGACCCUUCAUUUUUUACUUAUCUGAACUGCUGCCUCCCUACCAGCCGGUGCAGAUCCUCAGACAGGAAUCUCUUUCCUUUCUUUAAACCUGAAGACUAAAGGGGGGUGAGCAUUUGCUGUUCAAUCCCUGCAGUUGUUAAACGACCUGGAUCUCUAACACCUACAUCAGUAUCUUCUCUUAAAGCAUUUUCAUUCUAUUGAAAGGCUUUCUUGUUAUUUCUGUGUUUUGUUGUUAUAAAAAGACAACAAAACAUGCCUGGGCAAAAAGAGUUUUGGCUACAGACUAAACCUUUUUAGGUUGGUUUAUGAUUAGUAAUCUGUGUUUACGUGUAUUUUCUGUUCCUUGAUUUUUGAGUCCCUUUGUGUAUUUCAGUUUGUGACUUGUACCUGUUGUCUGUGGGUUUAUUAGGGGAGAAAUUGUUGAUGCUGACCAAAAUAAAUGAAAUAUUUUUAUUGUCAUUGUAACUUGUUGAACCCUGAUUUGUCCCUGUAUUUUCAGAUAUUGAUGAAUGUGCAGCUGGGACCCAUACCUGCUCUGCCUCUGAAACCUGCUUCAACAUCCAGGGAGGAUUUCGCUGCCUGUCCUUCACAUGUCCUGCAAACUUCCGGGAAGCAGCAAGAGGGUAAGAGCUGAUGGAUAAACUUUACUAUGACAUGCUGAUAAAACAAGAAGAGCUGUUUUUCCUCUGCUGAGCAUGACGUCUCACUUUUCUUUGGUUUAGUAUUAAGGAUCUGUCUCUACCUCCUCCUGAUUUGACACUCUUUUUCUCCUUUGACUUUCUGAGAUGAGGAUUUUUGUGGUUUGACUUUAUGUUGUUUCCGAUCACAAACUCUGUCCUCACAUCCAAACUUCCAUUUAUCACUCCCCCACUAGUCUUGUCACUCUUUAUUUUUCCAUAUCUAUUUUUUCUCCUUCUGUCUGUGAGUGUUUUAUUUUUUUCCCUUCCAGCCGUUGCUAGCGCGUAACUUGCGAGUUAACGCAGGAUCCUUCGUCGUGUUUUUUGCUCCCACUGAGAAUCUCCUUCUACAACAUCAGCUUCCCUAUCAACACCCCUGUCCCUGCUAAUGUUUUCCGGAUGGGACCCUCUAAUUCUGUGCCUGGAGACAAAAUAGUGCUCACUAUAGUCUCUGGAGACGAGGAGGGAUACUUUAUGGUGCAGCAGCAGCAGACUCACGGAGGAGAGAUCUCACUGCGCCGUGUUUUAACCCAGCCUCGGGACUUCUUUCUCACUGUGGAGAUGAGACUGAUCCGCUACGGGACGUCACAUCUGUACAUGGCAAAGAUUGCUGUGUUUGUAACACCAGAGCAGAUUAUUCGGCCUUCAAGAACAUUUCUGCAUUAGAAGUCUGUGAAAUUCCUAAUUUUGUUCAAAUAACUAAUUAUUGUGUAUGUGGUUUUAAUUCCCAUCGAUCCUUUUUUGUAAAAGCCUACUCACAGCGUAGUCUUUCCACUGAAUACAGCCAAGACAGGGAUUCAUUGUUUUCGUUUAGUGGCAAAACUCUGAAAUCACCUAGAGUAAAAAUGAUGUUGCAACAGACUGUUGUUGUGGUUUUGAGUAGUUGUUUUUGUACCAUAUUGGUCAACCACAUCCUUCUACCUCAGCUCUCCAUAUCAGUUAAAAUUGCUUUAUCAUUGAGUAAUGCAGGCUUUUUGACAACAUGAUGCUUUUUUUUUGCAUUGAAUGAGGACCUAAGCUAAUCAGUUGCUUUUAAACUGAAUGUGAAAGCCUGAAUGGAGAGUUAAAUAAGAAAAAUAAAUAAAUAAAAAAUAACAGUGCAAGUUAAAGUUAAGUUUACUUUUAAAUUAAAAAAAAAAAAUCAGAGAUUUCAUUUUUUACACGAGUAAGAUGAGGAGAUAAGUUUAGUGUCUUAAUGCUAACGCUACAACCAUCAGUGUGCUAGCUUAGCUUAAUACAAACAUUUAAAUACAAAAGAGUCACUGCCUUGACUAAAACUGUUCCAACACAUUAAUUUAGGAGAGAAAAGAAGAGGUAACUGAGCUGUUUAAGAUAUUUUAGUUUAUUUUUAUACCUUUGGACAGAGCCAAGCUUUAGCUAGCUGUUUACAGUCUUAAUGCUAACCAGGCUAACUGACUGUUCCAGUUCUUGUGUUUUAUUGUACAUACAAACAUAUGAGUGAUAUUAAUGUGCUCAACUUUCUCACCACAGGAAAGCUGUUAAGCAAAUUCCUCAUUGAAAAGAAUCUCCAGUAUAUUGAAUUUGACUGUGAAUUAGUUUAUUGAAGCAUUACACCUGAUCCCUGUAAUAUUGUGUCAGGAUUUAUUUAGCCUUCGAUGUAGCAUGUGUUCAGAUAAUGUCUGAUUAGCUCAUUGUACCACUAGAUGGAGCUAAUCUUCUGUGGAGCACCUUUAUAACAUUGAUAGGGUUGUGCAUUGAUUUGCACUGAUGGCAGCUUACUUUCCUAACUGUCUGUCCUGCUGCGUCCUCUUGUGUGUACUUCUGUGAGUUGGAAUAAAAUAUUGACAGAUAAAAAUGGCUUUUCAGUCCUUAUGGUUUCUUCCUUUCAAUAGCCUCUGCCACUAUUCUUGUGCUUCCUCCGCUGUGGUCAUUUCUUAUGUUGAGACCUAUUUUUCCGAUGGUCUGUUCCAAGCAGCCUGAACGAAAGAUCAAACAGGCUUUUCCUUAGUGGACAGUUAGAAAAAUAAGCGUGGAACUUAUUUAUGGGCACCUGGUGUGCCGCCAGCAUGAGGCUCAAUUAGUGGUAGAGUAGCAUUACAGUGCACAAGAUGAAUGGUGCUUUUAGUGUUGGUAUUGGGUGGUUAUCAGUUAAUUUGCUGAAAAUAAUACCCAAAGGCUUAUGGCUGUGCUGGUCAACUCGAUAAAUGCAGCCAGACAAAUUUUCCACUGGUGGUUUCUGGGGUUGAUGCAUGCAGGGAUGAUUUAAAACACAAAGAUAUUAGAUCCACCAAGUUUUAUUCUCUUAAACCUUUGUUUCUCAGAACCACCUGCCGCUGAAAUUCCAGCUUUUUCUUUUUUUUUUUAUUUCAGAAGUGUAAAAUCUAAUGAUACUUAUUAUUUAUUGGUGGUUCUGAGGUAUUUUGCUCCUUAGAGGAAAAGUCAAGUUGAUCCCAUCAAUAAUUUGGUCCUUUUUUUAAUUCUAUGUGGAUAUUGUCGAGAUCACAUCAAGUGGCGUACGUUCUUACAUACCCUCUCUCUUUUCCAUCUCACCAUUUUUCCAAAGUGGCAUGUUGUUUAUGUGAAAUACCACACAAUCAUCCCAGUGGUUUUGGCUGCAUGUUAGCUGACAACUUGGACUCACCUGCUUGUUGCUAAUUACAUGGCUCUGCUAUUUUUGUCAUAUUUGAGGUUAUGUCUGAAAACACUACUGUCCUCAAGUUGGAUAACCUCUUAAAUAUGAGCAUUUAAGGUUUUUAGGUUGUUACCAGUCUCAUAGUAAACCAUAUAUGUCUACAGGAAUACAAUAUUCAAGAUCUUAGCAACAGUAUUCAUGAUGUUGUACAACUAAGUAUUUGAGUUCUCAUCUCAGUUUUUCUAAUAAAUACUAUUGUACAUGUUAUAGGCUGCCAUCAGAUGAUGCAUAUUCUCAGUUCUUGGUGCCUAUUGUGAUAUAAGUAUAUAUUUGAUUUUCCUUGUUUUCUCUCUGUUAUUAUUUCCACAUCCAGACGAGAUGCUUCCGUCAAUGUGCGUUGUAUUAAGGCUUGCCAACCAAAUGACGUAAGCUGCAAUCUUGAUCCCAUCCACCUCAUCACCCACACCAGCCUCUCCCUGCCAACCUUCAGGGACUUCAGUGAGCCAGAGGGUAAGGCAUGGUGGAAGGACGGCAUGAAAUUUACUGAAUUUGAGAUAAAUUUGUGAAAUUAUGUUCACACAACCUUAGAAGCCAUGCACAUUAAUCCCUGAACUUCGAUGCAGUGAAUAUCAUGUUGUAUGUUGUUCAUUGUAACAGGUGGUAUACAGGAAACAUGUGUCUCCUACACUAUUUUUCACCUGAUUAUCAGAAUAGAAAAGAAAAUGUCAGAAAACUUAAAGCUUCUAUAAGGAACUUUGAUUUGUGUCAAUUCUGGCAUCCCCCUGUGGACAAAGCAACCGUUGCUUAUCUUGUCAUCUACAACAUGCUGAGGUAGGACUAAAAAAUCUCUUCCUGGUGACUUUUGCUGGUCAAAUGUGUUAUUUAUUGACCUUACUUUAGGGCUACAGUCUCGUUGUUGAAAAAGGCCUGUUUCUUCAGCUGCUCAGCUGACACCUACCCCCUUGCCCAUGUUUCAGACAUUGAAGACUGGGUUACAAAAAUCAUCCGUAUUGUGGCUGGUGGUCUUGUAAAUAAAAACACCUCAUAGGAGCUUUAACAAACACCAAGACAAGAAUCUUUGAAGCAUUGAAUCAACUCAAGAAUCAGUUCAAACUGUAGCAACAUGAGGAAUCUUUGCUUUUUUAUUGGAAGUUAAAUCUUUAUUUGUGGUUUUAGGAAGGAAGUACAUACAGUCAAUAACUAUUUAAGUUUAAUUGCAUAUUUUUUAUCUGAGGUGUUAACCCUUAUGAAGUCAGUGACAUGAUUUGACUAAAAAUUACCCCAAGAAAUCUUCUUUUAAAUGGUCAAAAGUUUGAAGUUGAAAUAAAACACAACCAUCACAGUCGGUUAUUUUUUCCCCUCACAGAAAUAUAUUUUAAUGAUGCAAUGAAUAUUUGAUGAGCACUCACAUGCAUUUUGUGGUUUGCUGUUAUCAAACUGACUUCCUACCAUCUCUUCUAUCAGAAAUAGUUUUCCUGCGGACAGUUGCAGCGGCUAACCCAAAUCCUCUUCCUGGUGCCACUGAUGUUUUCUUCGAUAUCAUGGCUGCAGAUCCUCAGUUCUCUUUUGAUGUUCAGAAACGCUCCCACCUCGGCAUGAUCAUGGGUAAGUGGAGGGAGUAUCGCCAAAAACCAAGCAGAUCAUUCUCAAUUAACAGUUUUUACAGAUAUUCAUGAAUAAAUAUCUCUCUCUAAAACUGUAUUGUAGUCAGCCAAACAAAUCUGUGUCAUCCUUCAGGUGUGGUCCGGCAGGUCAGACCCAUCGUUGGCCCCAGAGAUCUUGUGCUGGAGGUGGCCAUGAACUACGUCAAGUCAGGGAUCAUUUCCCAUCGAAAUGUUGUCAUCCUGCAUAUCUUCAUCUCUGAGUUCUGGUUCUGAGCUGAGCUUGUGGAUGAAUUAAACAAACAGCAUCAGAAAUGCAACAAAUAAUACCUGGAGAAGCCUCCACACUUCUGUUUCACCUCAAAAGCAACGCUGUGUUUGCCAACACAAAUAACCCUCUGAUAAUCACUGGAUAUGAUCAUUUUCUGUUUAGUUGUGCUAGAAUAAGCCUAUAGAGAUUUUUUUGGUUUGUUACAGCUCUUGCUAUUUCACUUUUAUACUUAUUGCUAAUGCCAGUUCGCUAACAUGAUUGCAGUAACUUACAUACAUUUGUUCACCUACAUUACUGUUUACAAAUUGAAUUAGUAUAAUGACAUGUUCUUCAUGUUAACAUCUUAGUUUACUAUGUUGGCAAGCUACAUUUGCUCAUAUUCCCUAGAUAGUGACCAUCGAUGUGGCUAAUGGGAAUGUCUUUGUACAGCUAAGCUGCACAUUUUUACAGAACUAAGAUAAAUGUUCUUUUUUAACAAGAGCUAAAAAAAAUCUAGUCUGAUAUAAGCAAAGUGGUUUAUUUCAUUAACCACUGUCUACUGUAUUUAAGUGUAACUGCUGUUUUGUUGUCAUUGGUUAAUGUGUGUAUCUUCUUUGAUAGGCCAGCUAUAACGUGCUUCAUUUGAUAAUAAAUUACUUCAUUUAUAGACUUCCUUUCAA